UCCUCUAAUCUGCAUCCUCUUCAGUCCUUUUUUAUUUUGUCUGAAAAUCUGAGAAAUCUCUCUCUCUCUCUCUCUCCAUUUAGAGAAUUCUUCAAACACGUAGAGUUUUCUGGAGUUACCAACAGGAGGCGCAUUCCAAUGCAUCAGUUUCGUAAAUAUUCCCAUUGUCAUUGACAGAAGAUCUGAAACUCGGAUCGAUGGGAACUGAGGAACCUGAUUUUUUUCAGUUAGGAGCUUAGAUCUGAACUUUGGAACUGUCAUCGGCUGGGAUGAAUUCAAUUUAACAAGCCAUGGUGGCUUUCCUUACCAACUCGGAGCACUGUAAUGUGAGCGAUAUAGACAGGGAGAAAGCGUGGUAUCUACUCGCUGUUUUAUUGAGGAUAGGACGCCCAGCUCGUCCGGCGGAACUCUCCGCAAGAUGUACUUUGUUCCAUGCAUCGCCUGAUUUUGUCCAGUUCCUCUGCUUGAUUCCUCAUUCGCCUCUGUUCCUGACGAAUGCUCUGUUUGUUACAAUCUCUUUGGCCGCCCUCUCGGCUUUUGAAGAAUUGGUGUCUAAGGCUCUAGAUGGCUUUGUUCCGAGGGACACGCUUAGGGUUUUUAAAUCGAGGAGAUCACUGAACAGUGUUGUCCUAACGUAUUCUCGUAAACGAAAGGGACCAGAAGCUAUUUCUGCCCCGCUUCCCGGUCCGAAAAGGAGAUUGCUUUUGCCUUCUGAAAAUGAUGAACUGAAAACAGAUGAAAACAAGAAAAUUUCACUCGAUCUUGCAAAUAGGAUCAAAUGCGAUUCUGCGGAGGGACAUGUUGAUAUUGCGAACAGUGUGAUCACAAGCUUGAAUCUGAACUAUGACUCGGGGCCAGUGACCUCCUUGUUCAUUGAUCCGGAUAUUAGGUUUUCAAGUUUUAGGUUGAAGAACAAUGACUUAGAAUUUGAAAAUGAAUGCAAGAAGAAAUUGAUUGUGAAGAGAGAGUUACUUGGACUACAUGUACAUACACCAACUUUUGAACAUAGUCUUCUCAAUAAUGAAAUGGAUGCAAGUAUUCAUAGGCCUGUAAGAGUUACAGAAUGUAAGCCUGAUCUGCAACCAGCUCUGCUAUCAAUUAUGGAGAACUCUAUGUUAGAUAGGGACACUCAAAUAGAUGAAAUGGAGUUGGGGAGUGGAACAAAUUUGACUGUAGCAUCUUGUCCAGAAGUAGAUUGGAAAUACAGCGUUUCAGUUGUGGGGGCUUUUACUCAAGGUAGUAAUCUUUGUGGAGAUUCUGGAGGCAGACUAGUUGAAGAUGCAGUGAUUGAUGAUGGCGUUUUUGGUUGGGAAGAUCAAAAUAUUAGUAAAUCUGAUGCUCCCAAAGUAGAUCCAGAAAACACUAUCCCACCAGAUAAUGCACAACCAAGGGAAAUUCUCAGAAAGGAUUUCAAAUCAGUGAACACAUUAAACAGUAAGACUUUGAUGACAUCUUUUAGAAAAGAGAAAAAAGCUACAAAAGUGGAAACCGAGGCUGUUUUUCCAUUAGCUGAGCAUGCUAUGGCCCCGAAGCAGCAAACAAGAUCCUUUGUCAAGCUAAAACAUAUGCAAAAAGAUGCAUCUACUGUAGGAUCAUGUGUUCUUUCUGGAUCAUUAGACUAUAAUAAAGCCGUCAACUCUGAUAAGCAGCUGGAGAAAAAUAAGAGAGAUCAAAUGUUUAACUCCAUGAAACGGAAGUCAAAGCAGAAUUGUAAAGACAUGCAUACCAAAGAAAACAGGGCUGACCCCACCAUAAUGUUACCCAAGAAUCAUUCAGAGCCAGAAGCACUACCAAACUUUGAAUCCUACAUCAUAGAGGAAGAAGAAGGUUCAGGUGGCUAUGGCACUGUGUACAGGGCUCGGAGAAAGGAUGAUGGAAAACUUUUUGCUAUUAAAUAUCCUCAUGCAAAUGCUCACACACAUCAUGUGAAGAAUGAGCUGAAGAUGUUGGAGCGAUUUGGGGGUAGGAACUUUGUGAUCAAGUACGAGGGCUCUUUCAUGAAUGGAAAUUCAGAGUGCUUUCUUCUGGAGCAUGUUGAGCAUGACAGACCUGAGGUGCUGAAGAGAGAAAUAGAUAUAUUUCAGCUCAAGUGGUAUGGUUAUUGUAUGUUCCAAGCCCUAGCAAGUCUGCAUAAGCAGGGAAUAGUGCAUAGAGAUGUUAAGCCUGGGAAUUUCCUCUUCUCCCGUAAGCUGAACAAAGGUUACCUCAUUGACUUCAACCUAGCCAUGGAUCUACAGCAGAAGUAUGGCCACAGCAGCAAAUCAAAGACAAGCCGUAAUACCAACUUCAGUUAUGUUCCUAUUCCCAGUACCAAAUCCAAUCUAACUACCAAAGGUAAGAAAGUACUGAGCAGUAGAGUUUGGGAAGCUUUCAACCAGGAGGCAGCAAAGGAUAAUAAGACAUCUCUUGGACCCAAAAAUGCGAAAAAGCGGGUUGAUGUUAGUAAUCCAAAGGCCUACCCUGAGUUGGGCAAAAGAACCAUAUUCAGAAACCAAGGUGCAGAUGGCUCUGGAAUAACCUCAACCAAGGAUGCAACGAGCACUAGAACUCCUUCAGCAGAGAGGUUGAGGGAACCCCUUCCAUGCCAAGGAAGGAAGGAGCUGAUCAGUUUGGUGCAGGAGGCAAUGCAGAGUCCGAAUCAUGAUGCAGUACGAGUUACAGGUUCUCAAAGGAAGAGGGUAGCUGCUACUCCUGGAAAAGUGGAAGGAAGAUUUUUUUACCCGACUCCAAUGCCACUUCACUCUACUGGCGUUGCUGUUGCUGGUGCUAGCCAAUUAAAGAAUAAAGGGGAUGGAAAACACAAGAGAGAAGGUCCUUGUGUUGGAACUAAGGGUUUCCGGGCUCCAGAGGUCUUGUUCAGAUCUCCUCAUCAAGGUUUCAAAGUUGAUGUUUGGUCUGCCGGGGUAACCCUACUUUACCUGAUGAUUGGAAGAACACCAUUUGUUGGCGACCCUGAACAGAACAUAAAGGAUAUUGUGAAGUUAAGGGGCAGUGAAGAUAUGUGGGAAGUAGCUAGGUUGCACAACCGUGAAUCCUCAUUCCCUAUGGAACUGUUUGAUAUACAGGCCUUACCAUCAAUGGGACUGCGAGAUUGGUGCGAAGUGAACACAAAGAGACCAGACUUCCUUGAGCUAAUCCCCAGAUCACUCUUUGAUCUAGUGGACAAGUGCUUGAUAGUGAACCCAAGACUGAGGAUCAGUGCAGAAGAAGCUUUGAAGCAUGAGUUUUUUGCCUCAAGCCAUGAGAAUUUGAGGAAGCAGAGGCUUCUCAGGCGGGGACUAAGCUUGGACUUAGGAAGUCCUCACCUUUCAACUAAAUAAGUGUCACCCCACCUUUCAAUUGAAAGUGUCAUUUCAGCUGUGAAGAUUUCAGUCUCACAUGGCAAGUCUAAUUGGACCUCUGGAAGUUUUAUGGCUCAGAGUUCCCAACUGAGACCAGUUGUAAUACUAAUACUGUGCUCAUUCUUUUUUGAAUGUGGCAUCUUGUAAAUUUUUCUUUUUUUCAAACAAAUUGAUAUUAUUAUUCUUAGUGGCAAGUGUUUCAUUAUUAA